AUGGCGGCGAGUUUGGAAGAUUCGCUGUUCCGGUUGAAGUUUACCGCGAAGACGCUACGAAGGCAGAGCGUCAAAGCGGGCAAAGAGAUUGAAUCGGAGAAGAAGAAAAUCAAAAAGGCCAUUCAAGAGGGCAACGACGAUAUCGCCCGAAUCCAUGCCCAGAGCGCCACUCGCAAACAGUCUGAACGGCUCAAUUUGUUGAAGCUGGCUUCCAGAGUUGAGGCUGUGGCGUCGCGAGUGCAAACUGCGGUUACCAUGCGCCAAGUUUCUGGUAGCAUGGGCUCGGUCGUGAAAGGCAUGGACCGCGCUCUAGAUACCAUGAAUACUGAACAAAUUUCGCUUAUUAUGGACAAGUUUGAGCAGCAAUUCGAGGACUUGGAUGCCUCUGCUGCUUAUUACGAGACUACAACUCAAUCUGCCUCCGCUUUAGACACUCCUCAGGAGCAGGUGGAUCUGUUGCUUCAACAAGUGGCCGACGAGGCUGGCCUCGAGCUACGCCACGAUAUGGCAGAGCCAUCUGUCGAGACGCGCCAAAAACUGGCUGCCCCUGAAGAGGAAGUUGAGGAUGCUCUCAACGAGCGCCUACGAGCGCUGCGUGGCUGA